AUGUCUUUUACUCGUACACAUCAACUAUAUCAACUUACUAUCCACCUCCACACUACCAACAAUACCAAGCUCCACACUUUCAUCACACCAGUCUCCUCAUCUGAUCCAGCAGUGGCAAGCAUCAUCAUCAACUGGGCAAUAUCUCAUUUAAACCAGGAACAGUACUCGGUGAUCACCCCAGCAGAUGGUGAGUUCGGUUCCCUCAGCAACGGGCGAUGGACGGGGCUGAUAGGAGAUGUGUUGAGUGGACGGGCGCAUGUCAUUGUGGCCCAGCUCUCCCAGACCUACAGCAGAGCACAAGUCAUCGAUUACUCCUCCGUGCUCAUCAGAUUUAGCUACCGGAUUUUCGCUAAACCGCAAGCAAGGUCAGCAGUGUCCUGGUCCUCUUAUACUAGACCUUUCUCCAAGAGUCUAUGGAUAGGGCUGGGCCUCACCAUAGUAAUCCUGGGUGCGAUAUUCUGCUGUAUAGCCCACUGGUAUUUGCAUCAGGAGAUGCAAAAGACAAAGGCAGGCAUAGAAAAACGGACGGUCUGGCUGACCCACAACAGAGAAGCCAUGAAGUAUCGACUAUGGAAGAAGGACUCCUUGCUACUGAUGUGGGCCGCUUUCACCCAGCAAGGUUGGCCAGACCCCCCAGAGCCAGACAGCUUACAUAUUCUCUUCUGGAUUGUAUACAUGGUGGGAGUUGUGGUUGUGGCAGCAUACUCUGCCACGCUGGUGUCUUUCCUUACUGUAGUAGAUGAAGGUCUUCCCUUUGAAUCAUUGACGGACCUAAAGCAACUACGAACACAUCGUUUAGGAAUCCUUAAGGGCUCAGUAUUAGAGGAGUUCUUUCAGAGUCAAGGCUUUCAAGAGUACUGGACUGAACUCAUUGAGCCAUACUCUGACACCCUGGCUACAUCUUAUGAUGAGUUGCGAUCACUAGCUAGCAGAGACCCAGACUUUGCUUAUGUGGGAUCUUAUGAGAUACAAAGACUGGAUCCUGUAGGAGCCUGCAUUUUUCAUUCUGCCCGCCAACAUCUCCUCUUCAAUGAUGGUGCUCUUGGAUGGCCAAAUGGUUCACCCUACACAGGAAUUUUUGAUUUCCACAUCAUCAGAUUGAGGGAGUCAGGAGUCCUUCAAAAGCUAGCCAGGAAGUGGUACCCAAGUGCCUACAACUGUGUUAAUUCCCCUGUGAUGCCUUUGGGGUUUCAGCAGGUUUUUACAGCAUUUGUGGCCCUGGGUUUUGGUGCUGGUCUCAGCAUUCUGUUCUUGAGCGGAGAGAAAAUGUUCUUUCAAAGGAGUACGUAUAACAACAGAAAUCAGUCAAGCACAUCUCAAGUCACCAAGAUUAAGAGUUCUGGACUUGUAUCCUGACAUUAGUAAGUGGUUCAUGCCACCAUUGUCAUGACUAUAUCAUGCCUCUCUUUGGAGCAUCAUAGAAACAAUGAAAAUUGAUCAGAAGGUGAGAUAAGCUCAGUCAAGAGAAGUACCUUCACCGUGGAUGGAAUCCCGGACCAUUACACGUAAAAUACACAUAGCACAAUACAUAGUGACCAUAAUGACUGCCAAGUCCCUGUAAAAUUUCAGGAGCCUUUAAGCUUCUCAUCACUACUUAACCUUUUGCCUUCAUUUAGAUCAAUUUAUGGUGGUGUUACUCAUGCCUAGAACAAGCUCUCUUCCAUUUCUUU